AUGUCUGUUAUCUUGAAUAUAAUUUGGUAGCGAUAAAAGUAAAAACGCACGUUUAUCUAACGUGUAAUAAAAAAAUUACUCGUAUGUAUAACACGUAAUAGAUUUUUGUAAUUAUUAUUAAUAUUUUACUUACACGUUGGCAUUGUUAUUAAUGCUUUCACUUAGAAUAAAACAAUUUGUAACGUUUUCUUCAACGUCAUUGAAAAAAUACUUGCAAUUCAAGAUGAAUAAUGAAAAUUCCACCAGUAUUCAUUCUGAUAUAAAUGCAGAGAUUCAUAAUAUUCCGAUGAGCGUGCUUAUUCGACCAAUUCCUCCAAUUGUCGAUGAAGAGAAGGUACAAAGCUUAAUGGAUACGUUGAACAAUCCUGAAACAGAAUCAUUGGUACCGCCAAUCGAUGUUUUGUGGAUUAAAGGGAGCGAAGGCGGUGAUUAUUAUUAUUCUUUUGGUGGAUGUCAUCGAUAUACAGCUCAUAAAAGACUUGGGAAACCAUUCAUAAGAGUGAAAUUAGUACAAUCUACAAUAACAGACUUAAAAUCUUAUUUAGGUGGUUCUACUCCCAAUUUAAAAUAGCCAUACGUAUUGCCGUUUAAAUUUAACAAAAGUAGUAUUUGUACAAAAAAUUAAAUGAUUUAUGUAAGUUUAA